AAACUUUGGUUAUUAUAUUGCUAACUGCUAUAAAAAGAAAAGUAUGAUCAAAAGAAUAAAAGAAAUAGAAAUUACUAUCAAAACUGAAACUUCUAAUUUUCAUAUUAUAAGGAAUAAGAUAAUCAAAGCUACAAAAAUGAUAGAAGUCAAAAUAGAAGUUAAAGCAGAUCCAGAGAUAGAAACUACUAUUCCCAAAGUGAUAAAAGUAAAAAAAGUCAAGGAACCAAGAUUAAACUGCUCUCUUUCUCCUUAUUAUUGA